UCUGGAUUUACGUUGGUUCCGGGAGACGCGUUGGCAAUUUCCUAAACAGACCGACUACCCCUGGGUUUCUUCCGUCGUACGUUUCAGUGACCGGACGGUUUCUCGUGGAUAAAGAGGACGAUUUAACGAAUUGAUAUGAGCAGGUUGCCCUGACAUGGACACAGAGAUGAUUCCUAAAUUUUCAUCAAAGGAUGAGGAAGUUGAUUACUGGAAGUCCCAAGCGCUUAAAUAUAAGAAAAGCUGCCAAGAUGCCCAAGAAGAACUACAGGAGUUUCAGGAGGGAAGUCGGGAACUAGAAGCCGAGUUGGAGGCACAGUUGACUCAGGCUGAGCACCGACUCCGAGAUCUACAGACGGAAAAUGAGAGGCUGAAGAGCGAAAUGUCAAACCUCAAGGAAAAACUGGAGCAACAGUAUGCCCAGAGCUACAAACAGGUUUCCAUGCUGGAGGAUGACUUAAGUCAAACGCGCAGCAUCAAGGAGCAGCUUCACAAAUAUGUCCGAGAGCUUGAACAGGCCAACGAUGAUUUGGAGAGGGCCAAGAGGGCAACAAUAGUGUCUCUUGAAGACUUUGAGGCCCGUUUAAAUCAGGCCAUUGAGAGAAAUGCCUUCCUGGAAAGCGAGCUGGACGAGAAGGAGUCUCUGUUGGUGUCUGUGCAGCGCCUGAAGGAUGAGGCGCGAGACCUGAGACAGGAGCUGGCAGUUCGAGAGCGGACCACAGACAGGAUGUCAGCACCAAGCUCGCCCACUUUAGAGCAUAACAAGACCGAUUCUGCAAUGCAAGCCUCUCUGUCCCUCCCAGCAACACCUGUAGGGAAAAGUGUGGAGCAUUCCUUCAUCAACCCCAGAGCUCUUACCAACGGCAGCGGCGGUUCCGCCCUCACGCCUUCUGCAAGAAUCUCAGCACUUAAUAUUGUUGGAGACCUUCUGAGAAAAGUGGGGGCUUUGGAGUCCAAACUUGCAGCUUGUAGGAACUUUGCCAAAGAUCAGGCAGCGAGGAAAACCUAUUCCACAGACAAGGGCACGCUCAUCAACAGCAACGCCACCAAGUUCUCGCACUCCAUCCACACGACUUACUUUGAUAAAACCACUGUCAAUGGACUGGACCCCAGCUCUCUGACCUCCAUGGCUCCAUCCAGGGCCGUGUCUCCUCCAGGCAUGCUGCCUUUAAGUGUGUGAGGCCAGCCGCCGCUGAUAGGCCUGCCCACCAACCACAGCGCGGCGCCAGAGAGAACAGCUGGACAUGUGUGCGUGCGUGCGUGCGUGAGUGCUGGCAAAGGGUGCGCUCGCCUGCUUAAGAGCGUGCACGUUUGAGUUUGGUGUGCACAAAUUGGAAGUCAGCUCUGGGUGCAGCAGUGCCCGUGCUCACCCCACAUGUGCAUGUGCCUGCAGCUGUACUGUGCUCAAGUGGCUGUCAUUGCAAUGCGCUUAACAUAAAAAAAAUCCACAGAUUUUCCUUUCAACUGUCUCUGACAAAGGUCCUAAACAGACCACAGCGUCCUUUUGUUUUCUAAAGCAAACAGUUAAACUUCUUUCUGUUAAGAAUGUAUGAUAUUUCAAAGGGAAAUGUUCCUCCAAACUAAUUUAUCUGAGAGUAAGAUUUAAAAUGCUGUUUUUCUACCUGAAGUUUUUUUGCAUGUUUGUGUGUGUGUAGAGCGUGUUUGCUGAAGUGUGAAUGAGCGGCGUGAAUGUUGACGGUUCAAAGCCGCGCGGUGCAGCCGUUCCUGCCUGGAAGAAGAAGUUCUGAAAAGUCCCCAGCUGUGCGUCUCCUCUGCACUUAAACAAGCUGCUCUGCACAGGUUUUCAGUUGCAGUGGAGGAUGCUGUGGACAUAUUUAGGAAAACAGUUAUGCCUUUUUGUUUUAUUGUUUGUGUGAAUGUUGGCAGCUCACUGUGAUUCCUCACUUAUAAACAAAAGUUUGUGUUACGUUUGCCAGGUGUAGCCUAACUUAUGAUUCUUUGCUGCCUUAGUGCAGUGCAGCUAACGGGGUGUUUGUGUUCAGUAUUAAUUCAGCAUUAUCCUCCUUUAGGUUUCCUAUUUUUUGUUUGUUUUGUUUUGAAUCUGUUUUACGCACAAGAAGUGCAUUUGCAUCCAUUAACCCUUAAUUUAUUAUCAAAGCUUGCAAAAUCCUUUCAAAGCUCCUAUUUGUGUGUGUUUUGUUGACAAGGCGCCUCCAGAAGCUGUUACAGCUCCAGUCGGUCUGUACGUUUCCUUCCUCUGAACACGCUGACGUCUGGCAUUCUAGUCCUAUUUAUUUCAGAUGCUGUUGGCAUGUUUCAGAGAAGUUUUACCACCAUUCAGUGGUUACAUUGUAUAAUAGUGUUUGUUGUAAAUGUUAAAGUAAAUAAAGAUUCAGAUUAUUACUAUA